AAGAAGAAGAAAAACUUGUUCGUGUCAGAAAUGUAAGGUUAGAUGUGACAAAAUAAAAACAACAAUGGAAAAGUUCCGGAUUUUCGCAAUUUUCCUACUUUUCCAUAUAGCUGAAUACGCAUGUGAGGAUAAUCCUUGCCUACACACACUUUCGAGUACAGACAUUGUGGAUCUAACAAAUCUUAAAGGGUUACAAUUGGUUGCAUAUGCUGCAGGAAAUCAAACUUAUGUGUUCAGUGUUUGCACUGAUUCUUCUUCUCUACCAAUCACUUUUGCCGAAGCAAAAAACUGCACAGAGAAUGGAGGAUUCUCUCUUUGCAUGUUCAAUAAUACAUCUCCGGUAAAUUCAACAAAGCUGGCAAAAACGAUGGAUUGGAAAUGGACUGAAGACUCUGAUCGCAUCUGUCUUUCAGCGGAUUACAUGUCUUUGAAAUUACACAUAGAACUGACGUGCAUAUCUUCGAGUACUGCUAAAAAGAAUGAUUCGUUUUUUGUAGUAGCGCCAACAACAGACGAUCAAAAAGAUGGAAUUGUGACGAAUUUUCAUCUUCUAUCGCCACUAGCAUGCCCCCAAAAGAUACCACGUAGUGAGGGACUUAGUACAGGAGGUGUACUUAUGGUAAUACUCCUAGUAGCAUUCACUAUGUACUUUGCCAUAGGGAUUGUUGUAAACUUUUUCAUGUUGGGAGCUCGAGGGAUUGAAGUCAUACCAAAUAUCACAUUCUGGCGGAAUUUGCCAGGACUAGUCAUGGAUGGCAUAAGAUUUUUGCAAAAUGGUUGUAAAGUCAGACCUAGUGAUUUAGUUCAAGGUCGAGACACAUAUGAUUCGAUUUAAAUUUCGAGGCUUUUGUUGAUCAUCUCACCAUUGCAUUGUGAACCGAUCUUUUUUGGUUACUAUAUUAUUGUGAAAACUUAUUAUAAAGAUUGUAGCCUUUUUUCAUAACAAUAAAGAUUUUUGAAUGGCA